AUGAGCAGUGCAACAAAGAUAGCCUCCGGCAUAGCCGGGAUAACCGCCGUAACAACAGCAGUCUGCGUAAUCACUGUAUUCUACCUCUUCAAUGAUGUCAGCAUUUACUAUGAUCACGCAAUUGAAGAGCUCUUGAAUAUCAAGAAUUCUUUUCAGGAUAAGGCCAAUACUGUUUGGUACGAGAUGCGGCCUCAUUACCGAGAUGCAAGAGACAAAAGAGCGUCUAUCUUUAACAUGCGACAACGUCGUUUUCAAUAUCCAGCUCAUUGUGCAUGUGCACCGUUCCCUACCACCUGUCCUGUAGGACCACAAGGUCCUCCGGGGACUCCGGGACUAGAUGGAGACCCUGGUCCAGACGGCAUACCCGGCAAACGCGGUCACGAUGGGAUAUCGGUCGGUGCUAGAAAUGAAACUGUUGGAUGUAUUAAAUGCGAACCUGGGCCACCAGGGCCGCCAGGACCGGAUGGACCACAAGGUCCUCCUGGACCAGACGGAGCACCGGGAGGUGCGGUGGGAGUC